GCAACAUGAAGGCUUUCAUUCUACUGGCUCUGUUCGCAGCGGCAUUUGCUGCUCCCAUCGAGGAUGACAAGAUCGUCGGAGGCUACGAGUGCAGAAAGAACGCUGUGGCCUACCAGGUCUCCCUGAGCUCCGGCUACCACUUCUGUGGAGGCUCCCUGAUCUCCAGCACCUGGGUGCUGUCUGCCGCUCACUGCUACAAGUCCCGUGUCCAGGUGCGUCUCGGUGAGCACAACAUUGCUGUCAACGAGGGCACGGAGCAGUUCAUCGACUCCGCUAAGGUCAUCCGUCACCCCAGCUACAACAGCGGCAACCUGGACAAUGACAUCAUGCUGAUCAAGCUGAGCAGGCCCGCCUCCCUGAACAGCUACGUCGGCACCGUGUCCCUGCCCUCCAGCUGUGCCAGCUCUGGCACCCGCUGCCUGAUCUCUGGAUGGGGCAACACCAGCGCCACUGGAAGCUACUACCCUGAUCGCAUGAUGUGCCUGGAUGCCCCCAUCCUGAGUGACAGCAGCUGCAGGUCUGCCUACCCUGGACAGAUCACCUCCAACAUGUUCUGUGCUGGAUUCAUCGAGGGAGGCAAGGACUCCUGCCAGGGUGACUCUGGCGGCCCCGUGGUGUGCAACAAUCAGCUGCAGGGAGUGGUGUCCUGGGGUUAUGGCUGCGCCCAGAGGAACAAUCCUGGAGUCUACGCCAAGGUCUGCAACUACACCUCCUGGAUCCGCAGCACCAUGUCCUCCAACUAAAGUCACCUCGGCCAUUGGUUGAAGUACAGAAAACGGCAUCGUCCAUUAAAAAUGAAUAUCAAAUACAGCUCAUCCAUUUGAUUUCUUGGCAGAAUAAAAGAACUGUACUGAAUUGCA